UUAAUAGGACUGGGAGGUUGGCCUCCUUACCCGGCGACUAGUGGUCCAAGUGCUCCGGGGCGGAUAUUCGCGUCGUUUUGUCGCGGUCCCCUCGCGGCCCUCCUCUCAGCGGUUGCGCCGCUAAGUAGCCAACUGUCCCGCCCCCUCGUUGCCAUAACAGCAGUACACAACGCCUCCUUCAGCCUUUCCCCUCUUCCAAAACACUCUUUCCCGGUCGGGGGCCACGACCCUCUCCGGACCCUCAUUUUCAGUAGAGCAGAACCUGGACCCUUCAGCAGCGAAGAAAGAUGUCAGAUGAAGAGCUGGAAGACUUUGAGCCAGACCAGGACGAUCUGGAAAAGGAAGAUGAUGAGAAGGAGACGGAGGAGUGGGAGGACUACAGGAAGGAGGGAGAAGAGUACUCAGAGGAAUGGAUGCCCACCCCCCUCACGGAGGACAUGAUGAAGGAAGGGCUUUCUUUGCUCUGUAAGACGGGCAGUGGACUGGCUCACGCUUAUGUCAAGCUGGAGGUUAAAGAGAGGGACCUGACAGACAUCUUCUUGUUGCGUUCGUACAUCCAUCUGCGCUAUGUGGAUGUUUCUGAGAACCACCUCACGGACUUGUCCCCACUCAAUUACCUUACCCACCUGCUCUGGCUCAAGGCUGAUGGCAACAAUCUGAGGAGCGCCCACCUAAACGAACUGCCCUACCUGCAGAUUGCCACUUUCGCCUAUAACCAGAUCACCGACACCGAGGGCAUCUCUCACCCUCGUCUGGGCAUCCUGGAUCUCAAAGGGAACCGCAUCCGCAGGGUGACGGGUCUGGACCCCCAAAAGCUGAUCAGCCUGCACACACUGGAGCUUCGGGGGAACCAGCUGGACAGCACCCUGGGAAUCCACCUUCCUAGGCUGAAGAACCUCUUCCUGGCCCAGAAUAUGCUGAAGAAGGUGGAGGGCUUGGAACACCUAAGCAAUCUCUCCACCCUGCAUCUUCGAGACAACCAGAUUGAAACUCUGAGUGGCUUCUCCAAGGAAAUGACAUCGCUACAGUAUCUCAACCUGCGGGGCAACAUGGUGACCCAGCUGGGGGAGCUAGCCAAGCUUCGGGACCUGCCCAAGCUGCGAGCCCUGGUGCUGUUGGACAACCCGUGUACCGAUGAGAACGACUAUCGCCAGGAGGCCCUCGUGCAGAUAGCACACCUCGAACGCCUGGAUAAAGAUUUCUACGAGGAGGAGGAGCGGGCUGAUGCUGAUGAGAUCCGUCAGAGGUUGAAGGAGACCCAGGAGCAGAAGGCUGAGGCUGAGCACGACUCCGAACUGGAGCUGCCAUCCGUGUAGCUCUUUGAGCCCCCAAGGACAGUAAGGAAGCUGACAGGGAGCAGGAAGAGGAGGCCAAGCGUCUGUCAGAUGGGGCAAGAGAAGUUGGAUACAGGAGCAGGUGGCUGAGGCAGGGAUACGGAGAGAGAGGAGAACCUUGGAGAGACCCGGCUUAGGAGUCAGGGGGUGUCUUGGGGUGAGGAGAAAGGACCAGAGGGGCCUGGGAAAAGGCUCGGGAGGGUACAUUAGGAGAGGAACAGUCAGGAAGAGAACUGGGGUGGCAGGCAGAGAUGCCGGUGUGGGGUGGCGUGCAUGAAGCUCAGCUGGAGAGGACAGGUCUGGGGUGCCGUGUGGGGGUGGGGGUGGAAGUGGUGGUUGGGGAUGGAAGCUGGGCCUAGAAGAGGAGGCAGGGGAGGAAGAUCUUGCACUAAAAAUCUGAAGCUAAAAAUAACAGGAAACAGGGGUGGGGGGAAGAAAGGAGGGCAGGAUGAGGCAGAUGGAGACUGAGGAGACCAGCCCAGGGGAGUGUGGCCACUGGGCACUCUGGACCGGGGCACAGGAAGCAAGGGGAACGCAGGAGGGCCCAGGGGCUUUACUCCUGCCCUCUUCCUCCAGGAGAUCAAAGACACUGCUCCCAAGACCUGAGAAGACUGGCAGGGAGCGGUGCUGCCACAUUCACACCCCUCAUCCUGAGCCAGGGCGUGCCUUCUCUUGCCCCAGCCCUGGGAAUUCGUCACAGCCUGCCGCCCAGCCUCUGUAAUGGGCACCUGGGCAGCGUCUGGGUGGGCCUGCGCCCUGCCUGGAACCUGUGUGCGUGUGCGUGUGUGUGUGUGUUUAUGUGUGCGUGUGUGUUUGUGCGCGCGCGCGCGCGCGCGCGCUGGGGGGCCCUCAGGCAGAUGUAGGUGGUGGGCCUGCAUGCGCCCAGGGGAUGCUUGCAGGGCUGGCUGCAGAGGAGCUGCGGAGGCGAGGCGGCUGGGUGUGCUAGGCACAGUUUGGUGUUCAAAUAAAGAGACAUUUUGAUACUCUUGUGUCUGACCGGGGUUGUGAGACACCAAGUCUGUCAUGGACUUCACUGGCGUGAGGCUGUGCCUGUUAUUUUUCAGGGGAGCGGGGCGUGGGUGUGAGCGCGCGUGGGUGCCGGGCCUCAAGUCCUGGGUCGCCCCCAGCCCCUCCCCCAUCGC